AUGACUAUUCCAUCUUCUCUUUCUACUCAGCUUUUAUCAUCCUCUUUAGCUAUGUUGCCUCUGAGCGGUUAUUUUAGUCAACAAGAAAAAGCUUCUCAAAAUAUAUCUUCUUCUAGUACAAGUGAUUUGGGUUCUCCAACUGCUCCUCAACAACCAACUCAUAAUGUCGUUUCUCGACGGGUGGCUCAUCAAAAGCAACAACCCUUGCAAAAAAAUUCUCUUUCUACGGCCAUCGUCUCUAAUCCGGAAGCCAGUAACAUGGGUAACCUUAUUACUGCCAGAGCAAGUCUACCUGCACCCGCAACUACUACAUCGAACAAUAAUCGUCGUAAUUCUUUGUCUAAUGUACCCGCUUCUCAAUUAUCUACCGCAUCACACCCUCAUAGAAGAAAGAAACUUUCAAACAAAUUAAAUAGAAAGAAAAUUGACCAGGCCAUUGCUUUCUCUGCCUUUGCAGUAGAAGAAGAUCAUCAAGGAAAUCCUGAUUAUGCCUUGGUAGCAAAAUUACGAGAAUUUAUGGAUCGCACAGGCUUAUCUGAAGAAUUCAAUAUAACUGAUAAUUCCUCAAAAACACAAGUUCCACCCACUACCUCGCAGAGUAAUAGGUCUGAAGGUCCUGGAAUAUCACAACACAUAAUUCAGGCCGCAAUCACAAGCGCUGUAGCACUUAAACAGUCACCAAUUCCAGACGCUAUAUCAGCGACUGUUAAUUACACCAUGAAUAAAAUUAAAACUAUUGAUGAAGCUUACGGUUUGCAAGAUAAAGCCUGGGAAAUUUCUCGAACUGGAAUCAAUUUGGCCCUAGAGAUCGAUCAACAAUAUAAUGUGCACGAAAAAGUUGGAAAUGCCCUGUUCGUAGGAUUAGCCGCUGCAAUGAAGGCUGGAAUUGCUUAUAAAGAUUCGCCUUCAUAUCGUGAUUUGAAAAAAAUGCAAGUAGAUUACGGAACUGCUGGAAAUGAUAAUACUCUUGCUAUUACUGAUGAAUCUUGA